AUGUCGAGAGCCCCGCCAUCCUGCGAUGCAGAGGGGAGGCCGAAUUACUGGGCUUGGGACAAGGACACACUGAUUUCGAGAAUCACGAGUCUCGAGCGUGAAUUGCAUUCUCGGACGAGUCAACAUGCUACCCCUACCACUACCACUAUCACGACUACCACGAGACCGACCGCGGCCCCCCCCCCGGAUACAAAAGUGACAGACACCGAAACAGCGCUCCCCCCGCAUAAAAAACUGAAGAAACGAUCCCUCGACGACGACAUAACACAAACCCCCGCGCCUACUCGUCCCGCAAAAGCGAACAGGGAAAUGGAUCCCUCCAAGUACCACACGCGCUUCAUCGCGCUGAAAUUCGCGUACCUCGGACAGCGGUAUAACGGGUUCGAGCAUGCGAAUAAGAAUACGACGCCGUUGCCGACAAUCGAGGAGGAGUUGUGGAAGGCGCUGCGCAUGACGAGGUUGAUUUUCCCUGCGAAUCCGUCGCCGGCGGAGCACGAGAACGUGAUGAAAGGGAAUAGGGUGGCUUUGCUUGAUUGGGAGGGGUGUCAGUAUUCGAAGGCGGGGAGGACGGAUCGCGGGGUUAGUGCUUUUGGGCAGGUUGUUGGGAUUAGGGUGCGCAGUGCGCGGCCGAAGCGUGAUGCACCGGAGCCCAAGGAGGGUGAGGAUGCUAGUACGACUGAUAUUCAGGAUGCGCCGGAGGAUAAUUGGGAUGAUAUUGGGGAUGAAUUGCCUUAUAUUAACAUGUUGAACCGUGUGCUUCCUGAAGAUAUUCGGAUAUUGGCUUGGUGCCCGCAUCCGCCUGAGGAUUUCGAUGCUCGUUUCUCUUGUCGCGAACGCCAGUAUAGAUACUUCUUCACUCAGCCUGCCUUCAGUCCUACUCCGGGGCCUCUUGGUUUUGCGCCUCGCAGACCGGACGGGUCAGAGCCGAAGCAUAGAGAAGGCUGGUUGGAUAUCGAGGCCAUGCGCGAAGCUGCCAAGUACUUUGAGGGUGUGCGCGAUUUCCGGAACUUCUGCAAGCUGGAUACAACCAAGCAGAUUGAGAAUUUCCAGCGGAUCAUUUACCGCUCAGAAAUCGAACUUGUCGACCCCAAGAACGUUCCGCUUGGUUUUGUGAACAGAUCAGGAUUCCAGUCUCUUGCUGACUCUGAUUCGCAAAUGGACACCGACACGCCGGAAAACCAAGUAUCCGAAACAGCCAAGGUUUAUGUAUUCAAACUUGACGGUUCCGCGUUCUUGUGGCAUCAAGUUCGACACAUGGUGGCUAUCCUCUUCCUUGUGGCCCAGGGCUUUGAGCCACCGACUGUUGUCCGUGAUUUGCUAGAAACAACCAAGAACCCCCGCAAACCGCAAUACGAGAUGGCCUCGGAUGCCCCGCUUGUUCUAUGGGACUGUAUCUUCCCCGAUCAGAACAGCGACAGCCGGGAGGAUGCGCUGGAGUGGAUCUAUGCCGGUGAUUCCAAACAGGGCAGAUCCCACAGCAUCAAGGGUGAUGGUAAAUACGGAAUGGGCGGCGUGGUCGACAGCUUGUGGUCCGUUUGGAGACGGCGCAAGAUUGACGAGAUCCUGGCGGGCUCUUUGCUAGAGUUGGCUGUUAGCCAGGGUGACCAGAGCUCCGUGAGUCGAUGGGGGCUUGGAGAUGCGGGCUGGGAGAAGAAACACCGGGGACAGAAGGUCUUUGUUGGGUCCGAAGAGCCUAGGUUAGGGGGCAAAUAUGUGCCGGUUUUGCAGAAGAGGAAGAUGGAUACUGUGGAGGACCAGAACGCCAGAUGGCUUGCGGCGAAACAGAAGAAGGACCAAGCAAUGUCUCAGGAGUGA